AUGUCUUCGAACAGCAAUCUGACGAAUCCUCUUCAGCAUCCGCUGGAAGCUAUUGCUUCUGGUAUUCAGAGAGCCACCUCUGCCGAGGCUCGCGCUCCCAGACUCGCACACAACCAGUCAAUCAACGAGGGCCCUGCCGACAUCAUCGCUAAGGUUUCUGGUCAUACACAAGGCGGAAAGCGCGAAGAUGAUGGACCUUAUUUCACCAAUAAUGAGGGCAUUCCUCUACCUGACCCUGCACACAGCAAGAAUAUUGGUGGUAUCCCACUCGUGAGCGAUGUUCACCUUCUGCAGAAGCAGCAACACUUCAACCGUUCCAAGAAUCUCGAGAGAAUGGUUCAUCCUUGCGGCAGUGGAGCAUUUGGCCACUUCGAAGUGACAAAGGACGUCUCUGAUCUGACUAAGGCCGACUUCCUGUCCACUGUUGGCGGGAAGACACCCGUCUUUGUCCGCUUCUCGACCGUCACUCUCGGUCGUGAGUUCCCCGACGAGGCUCGUAAUCCUCGUGGUUUUGCUAUCAAGUUCUACACCAAGGAGGGUAAUUACGACAUUGUCGGCCUGAACUUCCCUGUCUUCUUCUGUCGCGACCCCAUACAAGGCCCCGACGUCAUUCGCUCUCAGUCACGCAACCCUCGCAAUUUCCUACUCGAUUACGAUGCCACCUUCGAUCUGCUCGGCAACACUCCCGAGUCUAUUCAUGCUGGUGUCAUGUUCUUCAGUGAUCACGGCACACCCCAAGGCUGGACCAACAAUCACGGCUACGGUGUUCACACUUUCAAGUGGGUCAACAAGCAAGGCAAAUUUGUCUAUAUCAAGUACCAUUUCCUCGCCAAGCACGGUCAGAAGCAAUUCACUCAGCCUGAAGCCAUUCGUAUCUCGGGCGAGAACCCUGACUACUCCAAGCAAGAGCUUUGGGAGGCCAUGGAGCGCGGUGAAGAGAAGGAAUGGACUGCUUACGUCCAGAUCAUGCAGCCUAAGGAUGCUGACCCUACAAAGCUGGGCUUCGACCCAUUUGACGCUACAAAAACUUGGCCACGCGGGCAGUUUCCCAUGCAUGAGUAUGGUCGCCUGGUCCUCAACAAAAAUCCGGAGAAUUACCACCGUGACGUUGAGCAGGCAGCUUUCUCACCUGGCUCCAUGAUACCUGGCAUUGAGGACUCGCCCGACCCGCUGUUGCAGUUCCGCAUGUUCUUCUACCGUGAUGCUCAAUACCACCGUAUCGGCAUCAACUUGCACCAGGUUCCUACCAACUGUCCUUUCAUGGCACGCUCGGUAUCGUCUGUCAACUUCGAUGGUCCAAUGCGUGUGGACGCCAAUCACGCUGGCAACAAGCAGUACAAUCCCAACAGCUUCUCCCACAAGUUCCGUCCCGAUGUAGCCGAGGCACCCUACAUGGUCUCAGAAAACGUCGUGAGCCGCAAGAGCCACUACUACCACGAAUGCAAGGUCAGCGAGUACGAUCAAGUUCGCGAGCUUUACACUCGUGUUAUGGACGAUGGCGCUCGUGCAAAUCUCCACUCGAACACGGCCAAGAUGAUGAGCAAUGUCAACUACCCCAUCAUCCAGAAGAAGUUCCUUGCACAAAUCUACAAUGUGGCUCCCGAGUACGCUCGUGCCGUUUACGACACGACGACGUUCAAGAACGAGAAGUUCGACUUCUCCGAGGUCGAGAAGCUCAGCAAGGAUGCUCACAUGUGGUACAAGGAGCCCAGUUUGAGACCUGAUGACGACAACAGACUUGUGGGCUUCGCUCCUGCCAAUCCCUUCUACCACUGA